AUGGAAAGAAUGGCGCAACGUCAAUGGCGUCACAGCGCUCCUAACCUCCGUAACCUGACGGUGCCUCAUAUCGGAGAGAUUGCUGAUGCUCCUACAGCGCCCAGUUGGCCCGCAAACUCAUACAUGUCAGCCCCCUGGGGUACAAGUUCUAUGCACUCUCUCAGUGUUCCGACUCUUUCGUCGCCAUCUUCGCGGUUUCCGCAAGCGCCGUACCAGACUGUUCCGACUCACGUUCCUCAAACGCCAGUCCUACGCCCGACACAGUUUCUGCAAGGAGGAAUCGGAUAUCCACACCAGCACGAUUUUGGUGUCGCUCAAGCUGGACAAGAAGGAAUCAGUCCUACUAAUACCGUUUCUACCUACGAGUUGAGCUCCCCGAAAGGCUUUUCGGUCACUUUCGCACCUGCUGCUCAAUUCAACGUGCUUGACGCAAUGAAUCAGUUGCACAUCUCUCAACCACAUGAAGCCUAUAUGCAGCCUUCGAGUAUACCGAUCACAGCGCUUGAACAAAGACAUUUCCCCCUGUCGCAACUCCCCAGCAUGCUUGAUCACCAAAGUGCAGCAUUUCGACUUGAGAAAGCCAGAAAGGGCCGAGGUCAGCGGUCCUGCUAG